AUGCGAGCUUUUUCUGGCACGAUUCUGCCUUUCCCCGUUCAGAACAGGGUGCCGCACUCGUCUGCCUUGAUUUGCGCGCUCCUGGUUGGGUGUUCGCUUAUCACAUCCACGACUUUUGGCUACGAUGGUUCUAUGAUAAACGGACUGAAUAUUCUCUCAUCUUACACGGACUACUUUGAGCUCAACACAGUCACGACCUCGCUCAACACUGCAUCAGUGUGGAUCGGGGGCAUCCUUGCGGGAGUUUCGUUCAACAAGGUGACCGACAUUCUUGGUCGUCGGCCAGCGCUCUUCUGGGCUGCUGUCAUCACCCUUGUUGCGGUGAUUCUGCAAACGGCUGCCCAGAAUAUAGCAAUGUUCGUGGCGGCACGUAUUCUCAUCGGAUUUGGCACAACAGCAAGUGCCCUCACCGGCCCGGCCUACCUUGCGGAGACGCUUCCAAUGAAAUGGCGUGCCUGGGGGCUGGGUAUAUUCAACGACGCUUAUUAUGUUGGCGGUCUUAUCGCGGCUGGAGUGACAUAUGGAACGUCGUUUAUGCAGUCCACAUGGGCAUGGCGAAUACCUUCGGUCGUUCAAGGCGCUUUCAGCAUUAUGUGCAUCCUUAUUCUACCCUUCAUUCCCGAGUCGCCUCGAUGGCUUGCAUACCAUGGUCGAACAGAGGAAGCCUUGAAGGUUGUCGCUCUUACACAUGCGGACGGGGACGUCAGUGAUCCGGUCGUGUUGACACAAUACAAGGAAAUCAUUGACACACUGGAAUUCGAAAAGAGUCUACCCCGACCGUUGUCUCUCAAGCAGAUGGUCAAGACUCCUUCUGCGAGGAAACGUGUCGUCCUCUGCACAUCGGUAGCUGUGUUUAGCACUGUUGCAGGGAACGUUAUAGUGUCAUAUUAUCUGGGCCAGAUGCUCGACAAUGCAGGCAUAACAAACCAAACAACCCAACUCCAAAUUAAUAUCAUUCUCAACGCAUUCUGUCUCGUCUGCUCUCUGGUUGGCACAUACUAUGUCGAACGGUUGGGACGAAAGCCAACAGCUGUUAUCAGCAUAACGACACUUACGGUAUUCCUCUUUCUUGUUGGAGGUUUGACGAAGACAUAUGGUAACUCGACGAAUAACGCAGGGAUAUAUGCGACGGUCGCGUGCAUCUUCUUGUUCAUGGGAGCUUACAGCUUUGGGUGGACACCGCUUCUCUAUGUCUAUCCCCCAGAAGUGCUGAACUACGCGAUUCGGGCCAACGGGAUGGGCGUGCUCCAACUUGCUCUCAAUGGGACUGCCUUGAUGGCCGUAUUCUCAUUCCCAAUCGCGCUUGCAGCAAUUGGAUGGAAAAUGUACAUCAUAAACGCCGCAUGGAACUUGCUGGAAAUACCAUUCGUUCUGUGGUACUGGGUCGAAACAAAGGGCAAGACGUUGGAGGAGAUCGAUGAAGUACUGGAUGGGGAGAAGCAUACCGACGCACCGGAUUUGAUUCGGGUUAUGAGGGGGAGUUCAGAGAAGGUAUAUGUGGACGACGAGAAGCAGUAA